AUGGAUCCCGACAACGGCCGCCGCCCGUUUUCACCGCUUCUCCAUCUCGUUCUACCGGAGAUGGCGCUGGGUGUCGUCAUCACACUCAGAGCUCCCUGGUUGGCUAAAUUGGUUGCAUCGUUCAGCCUUAUUGCUUGGGUUGUCUACACUUUGGUGUCUACCGACACCGGAAAAGCGGUCGACAAUUACGCUGUCGGCAGCGCCGUCCUUGGAAACACACUUUUCAACACCAUUCUCUUCCUCUGUUUCACCGACCCCAUUACAGAGCUCCGCCACCUCCGCACUCCAGAGCCUGCACUAUCCGAAAGGUCGUUCUUGGCGAGGUUCUGGAACGCUCUCUGCCUCGUUCGCAACAACCGACUCAUCGGCUGGAACGCUCAGGUACCCAACGUUCCGCCCGCGACAACAAGCAAGGCCCUUUUUUUCCGUAGACGCGUGCUGCAGCUCCUCUCCAGCGCUUUCCUCGUCGACCUCACCGAGUCCUUCGUCUACCCAUACCGCCAUUUCUACGAUGAUCCUCCCCCUCCCGGCCUCGCGGGCUACGUGCUCCGCUCCGGAACAACAUUCGUGUGGCUGGUCAUGACCUACGCGAUCCUCAAAAUGUUCUACAACAUCGCAUCGAUCCUCGCUGUCGCCCUCUAUCUGAGCGAGCCGCAAGACUGGCCGGACACCUUCGGGAGCUGGAAGGACGCGUACACCCUGCGCCGUCUGUGGGGUCGCACUUGGCACCAGAACCUCCGUCGCCACUUUCAUGCAUGGGGCGCGCGCGCGAUCCGCGUCCUCGGCAUCCCGCGCGGGACCUUCCUCUCCUCCCAAGUCCAGCUCCACACCGCCUUCGCCGUCUCUGCCCCCCUCCACUCGUGCGGCGAUCUCAUGCUCGGCGUGCACCACUUUGGGCGCUCGCUCCCCUUCUUCGCCGCGAACGCGGUCGCGAUCGCCGUCGAGGACGUGUGCACGCGCGUGUUCGGGGCCGCGUUGGGCGGUGGGCCGCGUACGCGGACGCGGCGCGCGUGGCGGGUGGUCGGGUACGUGUGGGUGGCGGCGUUCAUGAGCGUCGCGGGGCCGCCAUACGUGCAGUGGCAUUUCGAGUCGGGCGUGGUGGCGGAGCCGGUGCUGCCGGUGUCGCCGCUGCAGCGGUUCGUGUUUCCGUUUUUGUGA